AUGAUCAAAUCCUAAAUUCUCGAUCACUGAUUCAGCCUCUAAAAUUAGAAUUUCUUGACAACAUUUAUAAUUCAAUUUUAGUAAAUUGACCUUUUUGUUUUUAUCAUUUUGACUUUCCUUGACUUUUAAUUAGUAAAACAAAAGAAAUCCAUGUAAAAUUUAAAAUUUCCUUAAAAAAAUCACGUCGUCAGUAACGCCAAAAAAAUAUUCCGUUACUAAGAUGACGGAUUCUACCGUUUCCCGCCAAGAAAACAGCCCUAAGAAACCUAACGAGAGUAACGGCGAAUUCAAACGUCUAUUAGUUCCCGAAACCUCUCAGCCGGAGGAGGACGAGCGCCGCGAAUCGCCACAGGAGAAUCAAAUCCUGAACGUAGAAGAAGAGAGAGACAACAGCUACGAUUCGGUUCCUCCGUUCUCAUGGGCGAAGCUAUGGAAAUUCACCGGACCUGGGUUUCUAAUGAGCAUCGCCUUCUUAGAUCCAGGAAACAUCGAAGGAGAUCUACAAGCCGGAGCUGUGGCUGGGUACUCUCUCCUAUGGCUUCUUCUAUGGGCUACGUUAAUGGGACUUCUGAUGCAGCUUCUCUCUGCUCGGAUUGGUGUCGCGACGGGUCGACAUUUGGCGGAGAUUUGCCGAAACGAGUACCCAGCGUGGGCGCGGAUCUUGCUUUGGUUCAUGGCGGAGGUUGCUUUGAUCGGAGCUGAUAUUCAAGAAGUCAUCGGAAGCGCGAUUGCUCUUCAGAUCUUGACUCGAGGGUUUUUACCAAUUUGGGUUGGUGUUAUCAUCACUGCGUUUGAUUGCUUCUUGAUUUCGUAUUUGGAGAAUUGUGGAAUGAGGAAAUUAGAAGGUUUUUUCGCGGUUUUGAUUGCGACGAUGGCUCUUUCCUUUGCUUGGAUGUUUAAUGAAACUAAGCCAAGUGUAGAAGAACUAGUCAUAGGUAUUAUUGUUCCGAAGCUCGGAUCAAAGACGAUAAGAGAAGCUGUUGGAGUUGUGGGAUGUGUGAUAACUCCUCACAAUGUGUUCUUGCAUUCGGCUUUAGUGCAGUCUAGGAAGACGAAUCCAAAGGAGAUUAACAGAGUUCAGGAAGCUCUUAACUACUAUACAAUCGAAUCAACGGCUGCACUUUUUGUCUCGUUCAUGAUCAAUCUGUUUGUAACAGCUGUUUUCGCUAAAGGUUUUUAUGGAACCAAACAAGCUGAUAGUAUAGGACUGGUUAACGCAGGACAUUACCUUCAGGAGAAAUAUGGCGGUGGGGUUUUCCCGAUACUUUACAUUUGGGGAAUCGGUUUAUUAGCUGCUGGACAAAGCAGUACUAUAACUGGGACUUAUGCUGGACAGUUUAUAAUGGAAGGGUUCUUGGAUCUUCAGAUGGAGCAAUGGCUAUCAGCUUUUAUAACAAGAAGCUUUGCGAUUGUACCUACAAUGAUUGUUGCUCUUAUGUUUAACACAUCGGAGGGCUCGCUUGAUGUUUUAAACGAAUGGCUUAACAUUCUCCAAUCGAUGCAGAUUCCUUUCGCGGUUAUUCCUCUUCUGACUAUGGUUUCUAAAGAACAUAUCAUGGGUGUCUUCAAGAUUGGACCUUCCCUAGAGAAGCUUGCGUGGACUGUGGCGGUGUUUGUGAUGAUGAUAAAUGGGUAUCUUCUUCUUGAUUUCUUCAUGGCUGAAGUGGAAGGGUUUCUUGUUGGGUUUCUGGUUUUCGCUGGAAUAGUUGGGUACAUCAGUUUCAUCAUCUAUCUUGUUUCCUAUAGAAGCUCACAAUCUUCUUCUUGGUCGAGCUUAGAAAUGUCACAGAGAGUUGUUUCCACAGAGACGUAGAAACCCAUAGCUCUAUUAACUAAUCUGAGCAAAGGCAGAAGCGGACUGGUCAAUUAUGAGAGAUGUUUUUGCUGCAUUUGCUCGUCGAUUUGAUUUUAGACAGUCGACCAGAGGAAACUUAGAUGUGAGAUGAUGCAAAGACCGAAUCGGCGAAGAUUGUAGAUUGAUUUGUUAAGAGUUUUGUUUUAACAUAGCAAAUGUAGAGUAGAAUCAUGUAACAUAGCGAAGAAGUACAAAAUUAGAAG